AUGGAUGAGUUUUAUAUAGCUGCAUUAGAAAACUUAGAACGGCAAGAAAAUGCAGUAAACUACCGAAAGCUUAGUCACAGUGAACGAUUUGAUGCUUUUCUAUUACCAAAUUAUAUUUUUAUAAACAAUUAUAGACUGACUAAAGAUUUAGUAAGAUAUGUCAUAAACAUAUUAACUCCUCAUAUGACAGAAGCAACAAAGACAUCUGCCUUAAAUAUACAGACUAAAGUAUUCAUAGCUUUGAAUUUCUUUGCAACUGGUUCCUACCAACUUCCCGUUGGGAACAGUAAUUUAGAGAUUGUUUCCCAGCCAACUGUUUCAAGAGCGAUAGAUGAAGUAGUUAAUGCUUUGAAUCAACCAGAAAUUUUCAAAUAUUGGGUAAAAUACCCAUCAACAUUAAUAGAACUACGACAAACAAGAGAAAAAUUUAAUACAAAAUACAAUUUUCCUGGAAUAGUGGGAAUUAUAGAUUGUACACAUAUUGGAAUAUUUCCUCCCAAAACCGAUGAUCCUGUUCAUCCUGAAUACAUGUAUGUAAAUAGGAAGAACUAUCAUAGCAUAAAUGUUCAGCUAGUCUGUGAUUCUGACAUGAAAAUAAUAAAUGUUUCAGCAUUAUUUCCUGGGAGUGUAAAUAAUGCUUAUAUAUGGAACAACUCUCUACUUGAACCUACACUCAGGAGAAUAUAUAAUUAUAAUCCUGAAGGAUUUUAUCUUUUGGGAGAUUCCGGCUAUCCUUUGAGGCCUUGGCUAAUGACGCCCUUAAUGCAAUAUAAACCAAAUACUCCUGAAGAAAGAUACAAUCGUAGAUUCAAACAUGUUAGAAGCUUGAUUGAAAGAUUAUCAAGAGCUUUGGAAGAAUUUGUCAAUGCUUUAAAUGAACCGACAAUUUUUAACUCUUGGGUGAAAUAUCCUUCUAAUUUUCAGGAACUUCGUCUAGUUAGAGAAGAAUACAGUUUUAUUAGAUUUUUCAGGAAGUUCAAUUUUCCUGGGAUUGUAGGUGUAAUAGAUUGUACCCACAUUGCUAUUUUUCCUCCUCCAACGCAUGAUGCAAUUCAUCCUGAAUAUAUUUAUGUUAAUCGUAAAAAUUAUCAUAGUAUAAAUGUCCAACUUGUAUGUGAUAGUAAAAUGAAAAUGUUUAACAUAUGUUCUCUAUUUCCUGGAAGUGUCAAUGAUGCCUAUAUUUGGAAUAACUGUCAGCUAGAACCAACUUUAAGACGUAUAUUCAAUCAUGAACCUGGGUUCUAUUUAUUAGGAGAUUCCGGUUAUCCAUUAAGAGCAUGGCUUAUGACACCACUAUGA